AUGGGUUUCCAUCUACUUCUAAGUGCUCUUUUGGUAUUAAGUAGAGUUUUUGAAGGUCAAGCUUUACCAUUUGAUAAAAAUUACAACAUUUCUUGGGGGAAUAACAAUGUGAAGUCACUGAACAAUGGAGAAGAAAUUCAGCUAUCCCUUGAUAAAUUUUCUGGGUCUGGAAUUCAGUCCAAACAAAGUUAUAGCUCUGGAUCAUUCAAAAUGAGAAUAAAGCUCCCAAGCAAAGACUCGGCUGGAGUAGUGACAACCUUCUACCUACAUUCACAUACAAGUAACCAUGAUGAAUUGGAUUUCGAGUUUUUGGGUAAUAGAGAAGGGAAACCAUACACAUUGCAAACAAACGUAUUUGCAAAUGGUGUUGGUGAUAGAGAGCAAAGAAUUCAACUUUGGUUUGAUCCAACAGCAAACUUUCAUGAGUACUCAAUCCUCUGGAACUCACAUCAGACUGUAUUUUUUGUAGAUGAAAUACCCAUUAGGGUUUACAAGAACAAUUCCCAUAGAGGAGUUGGAUACCCUUCACAACCAAUGCAAUCAGAGGCCACAAUAUGGAAUGGAGAAACUUGGGCAACAGAUAAUGGAAGUGCCAAAAUUAAUUGGUCAAAUUCUCCAUUCACAGCUCAAUUCCAAGGCUUCAAUAUUGAAGGUUGCACUUCUUCUAAUGGUAUCAAGUGCAAUUCUACAAAGUUUUGGUGGAACUCUAAGCAAUUUUGGAAACUUAAUCAUAGUCAAGAAAAAUCAUAUAAAGACAUUAGAAGCAAACAUAUGGUUUAUGAUUAUUGCAAAGAUACCAAUAGAUUUCAAACCACUCCAGAAUGUUCGAAGUGAUCAUUAAAUAUUUGAUCUUCUC